GAGCGAAUGAGGAAGCUGCUGAAGGUGUACGAGCUGUUGGGAGGAGAAGAAGACAUCGUUAACCCGACUAACGAGCUCAUCAAAGAGGGACACAUCCUCAAACUGUCCAAUAAGAACGGGACCACGCAGGACCGAUACCUCAUCCUGUUUAACGACAGGUUGUUGUACUGCGUCCCCAAGCUGCGCCUGAUUGGGCAGAAAUACGGAGUCCGUGCUCGCAUCGACGUGGACGGCAUGGAGCUGAAGGAGACGAGCAGUGUUGCAGUUCCCAGAACGUUCCUGGUGUCUGGAAAACAGAGAUCCCUUGAGCUGCAGGCCAGGACGGAGGAGGAGAAGAAAGACUGGAUCCAGGCCAUCCAGGCGACCAUCCAGAGACACGAGCAGACGGUGGAGAGCUUCAGACAUCUGACCUGUUCGCUACGAGACGAUGAGUCCACACCGCCUCACUCCCCGAGCUGUGUGGAGUUGGGGAAGCGAGCUCCGACUCCGAUCAGAGAGAAGGAAGUCACUCUGUGUAUGAAAUGUCAGGAGCCGUUCAACUCCAUCACCAAGAGACGACACCACUGUAAAGCCUGUGGACACGUGGUUUGUGGGAAAUGUUCGGAGUUUCGUGCUCGUCUUUCGUACGAUAACAACCGGACCAACCGUGUCUGCGUGGACUGCUACGCCACGCUGGUGGGAGUGUUGCCCUCGCCCGCCACGCUGACCAGCAGCACCCAAAGGAGGCGCUCCAUCCUGGAGAAACAGGCCUCGUUGGCAGCAGAGAACAGUGUGAUUUGUAGUUUUCUUCACCACAUGGAGAAAGGAGGGGGCCGGGGCUGGCAGAAGGCCUGGUUUGUCAUUCCCGAAAACGAGCCGUUGGUGCUCUACAUCUACGGAGCUCCACAGGAUGUGAAGGCGCAGCGCAGCAUGCCUCUGAUUGGCUUUGAGGUCUCCCUCCCUGAAUCAUGUGACCGCCUGGAGCGACGCCACGCCUUCAAGAUCUCCCAGAGUCACCUGACCCUGUACUUCAGCGCCGAUGGGGAGGAGCUCCAGCGGCGGUGGAUAGACGUCUUGUCGAGGGCCGGCAGGGGGGAGGAGCUUCAGAUCCACCGACCAAUUGCGGAGAGUCUAGAGGAGGAGGGGGAGGAGCAGCUAGCUGCGGCAGAGGAGGAGAACACGUGA